AUGCCCAAAGUGGGACUUACCGAUAACGAAUGGAGAGCCCGUUUGCGCGACUACGCCGCCGGCAAGUUCAAGUUUAGCAAAGGCCAACACCCACGGCCGUCGUCGAAGUGGGCAGCGUCCAAGAAAAAGAUUGACAAGUGCGCAUUUAAUUAUAAGGAUAUAUUUGGCCGCCCAGUCAACUGCAAUUGUGGCUAUCACACGGCCGACGAACCUCGGCCGUCGACUUCGGCCACUUCGUCGCAGCCGCCGCCAUCGACUUUGGCCGCUUCGUCACAGCCGUUGCCGACUUUUAAGGGUUCGUCGCUACCACCGCCGACUAUUACCACUUCGUCGCAACCGACGCCGACUUUAGCCGAUUCAUCGCAACCAUUGCCGCCUUUCGCCGCUUCGUCGCAGCCGCCGCCGACUUUUACCGAUCCAUCGCAACCAUUGCCGCAUUUGGCCGAUUCGUCGCAACCAUUGCCGCAUUUGGCUGAUUCGUCGCAACCAUUGCCGCCUUUCGCCGUUUCGUCGCUGCCUCCGCCAACUUUCGCCGCUUCGUCUCAGCCAUCGUCGACUUUGCGGGGACGAAAUGUCGAUUUCGCCAACCGUCGUCCCCUAGGCUGGAAGGACACACUGCUGCCCAACGACCAAAGCUGGAUCGGGCAUGAACUCUUUGCAUCCAAAGGUUCACUCGUGAUGAACUUGAAGUUGUGGUGGUAUCCACCGCCUGUUCCUGGUCCGGAUUACACGGCCUCCCCUAUGGUGAAUCCGUACUUCCAUAGUCGACUCUUCUUGUGGAUGCCUCGGAAGAUGUGGGCCUACAAUUUCAACUGCCCGAACUGCGGAAGGAACAACCCACUCACAUCUAAAGGGUUGUACAAUAGGGUUAGGUCCGUGAUAGACGUUAAAAAUCGAUACUACCUGGCUGCCGAAUGCCUCGAGUGCCGUUCUUGCAAAGGCACUUUCAUCUCCUAUGAUUCGCGUCUAAUUGAACAGUUCCCUGACGCACUCAAAUUCCGUUUCCCCGCCGUCCUGAAGCGCAAGUUCGCCGCUGAUAAGGCGGUCGUAGGACUGAUGAGGGCUCGGACGAUUGGCAACAGUCCGAUGGCCGUUUGCAGCGACAUAUGCGAGCUUCACAGCGAAGAGUACAUGCAGAAGACGGUGAUGUACUUGUCCGAUUGCGCACGGCAGAAACGAAAUCGGGAAUCCCUUCGAUUGCCCUCUUGCCGCUACGAAGAUCCUCCCCCCUUUUCCGCCCUCCCGACGGCGAAGUGGUUUCUUGCGACGUAUGUCCGCGAUGUCUGGUUGCGGCUGGAUUACCUGAAAGGAAGCAUGACGUCAAUCUGCGGGACCAUUAUAAAAAUCGAUUCUACGAAAAAAAUUACCAGGAAACUCCAAGGCCAGUGGGCUAAUACCGCAUCCUGGUGCACGAAUGUGGGGAACGAGCGAAGUGAAUCCUGUACGAACGAAUCACAUCCCCUGUAUGGCACUUUUAUGGCCCAAGUGUCAACCAGCAAUUUCGAGUGGGACGGAAAUGACAUGGCCCUGCUUCGACGGGCAAAACGGAGCGAGCUGAAAUCACUUGGCGUGAGCAAUCCCUCCGAUAGCGCUGUGGCAAAGGCGAUAACCAAAUCCGUGCUCGCCCGGCACUGCCGCCGCAAAAUAAGAGGGAAGGAGAAUUGCGUCCGUUUGUUGGAGAGCAUGUUUCUCUCGCUGCUGGACGCUACCGACACCCUUGGCGUUCCGUUACUCCGCGAUGAGGCGCUGGAUAUUUGGGGCAGGGAAAAGCGUCACAUCGCUUGUCUACAGGAUCCAGAAGGAGUCCAACUUUACACGAGUUCGGGAGAACUGUUGAAAGGAGAUGUUUCACUUCCUGUGUACCGAUGCGCCCGUGGGUCGACGUCGUUGGAAAGUUUCCACAAUCACCUAAAAAAUUUCAUACCAGGGACGGCAGCGAACGAGUUGCACUUCCAGGCAUACCUAGCUGACGGAAUAUGCCGCUGGAACGCAGCAAGAGCGUCGGAGGCACUAAGUGCAACGCCGCCAAAGACGCGCUCCUUCGACGUCCAAGUUAAGGGUAGGUUUAACCAGCUUUCCAGUGCUAUUUUGGAUCAUCCCGCCGACCCGACGUAUCAACCGCCUGCGGAGUAUACUGGCGAGCUCUUUGGCGUCGAAUACUGCUGA